UUCUUCUCUCCACCCCUUUUCUUGGAAGGGCCAAUCCCCGGUCUAUCUAAACCGGACAACGUCUUAUACUGUAAAUCGACUGUAAUAUACAAAGCUGCUCUAGUCUUCACGUUCCUCCUUUCUGAUUAGUCUUGGAGGAUUCAGCUGGGCGUUUCUUCUCUUUUAAUUUCCGAGUAAGAGAGAUGGGUAACCGUUCAAGCAGACAUAAGCAUGGUGAAAAGCACAGAUCAGAAGCUGGGCAUGGAGGAGGAGGAAGCCAACCCCAUCAGACUCACAUUGAGUACACAAAGUCACCUGGGCAGGGAGCUGGACUGCCUACACGGCCACCAUCAAUCUCAAAACCAGUUUCAAAGUCGGAUGCAAUUCUGGGUAAGGCAUAUGAAGAUGUUAGGGCACAUUACAGUCUGGGGAAAGAACUGGGUAGGGGUCAAUUUGGGGUUACCUAUCUGUGUACUGAGAUUACAACUGGUAAGCAGUAUGCCUGCAAGUCAAUUUCCAAGAAAAAGCUUGUGACCAAGGGGGAUAAGGAUGAUAUGAGGAGGGAGGUUCAGAUUAUGCAGCACUUGAGUGGGCAGCCUAAUAUUGUUGAGUUCAAGGGUGCUUAUGAGGAUGCUAAUUCUGUGUAUCUUGUGAUGGAGUUGUGUGCUGGGGGAGAGCUUUUCGAUCGGAUUAUUGCUAAGGGCCACUAUAGCGAAAGGGCUGCCGCCUCUCUUUGCAGGUCUAUAGUCAAUGUUGUUCAUACUUGCCAUUUUAUGGGUGUGAUGCACCGCGAUUUGAAGCCCGAGAAUUUCUUGUUGUCUGAUAAAACUGAAAAUGCUGCCUUGAAGGCUACUGAUUUUGGCUUAUCAGUGUUCAUUGAAGAAGGAAAGGUGUAUAAGGAUUUAGUCGGAAGUGCUUACUAUGUUGCUCCCGAAGUCUUGGGAAGAAAGUAUGGGAAAGAAGCGGAUGUUUGGAGUGCAGGUGUUAUGUUGUAUAUCUUACUCAGUGGUGUACCUCCAUUCUGGGCUGAAACUGAGCGGGGGAUCUUUAAUGCAAUACUUAAAGGAGAACUCGACUUCCAAACAAAACCUUGGCCUUCUAUAUCAAGCAUUGCCAAGGACCUAGUACGAGGGAUGCUAGCACCAGACCCAAAGAGACGCCUUACUGCUGCCCAGGUUCUUGAGCAUCCAUGGAUGCGAGAAGAUGGAGAAGCAUCUGACAGACCACUAGAUAGCGCUGUCCUCUCAAGAAUGAAGCAAUUCAGAGCAAUGAACAAACUCAAAAAACUUGCCCUGAAGUUUAUUGCAGAAAAUCUCUCGGAAGAAGAAAUUCAUGGACUGAAAGCAAUGUUCACGAAUAUCGACACUGACAACAGUGGUACAAUUACGUACGAAGAACUGAAGAAGGGAUUGGCCCAACUCGGGGCAAAUCUCACAGAGGCUGAAGUUAAGCAGUUGAUGGAAGCUGCUGAUGUAGAUGGAAAUGGCUCGAUAGACUACAUCGAAUUCAUCACUGCUACAAUGCACAAGCACAGGCUAGAAAGAGAAGAGAAUCUAUACAAAGCGUUUCAGUAUUUUGAUAAAGAUAGCAGCGGAUUUAUCACGAGAGAUGAACUCGAGACUGCUAUGAAGGAACACGGAAUAGCUGAUGCAGCAACUAUAAAGGAAAUAAUAUCUGAAGUCGAUGCAGAUCAUGAUGGAAGAAUCAACUAUGAAGAGUUUUGCACAAUGAUGAGAUCAGGAACCAAACAGCAACCCAAGCUGUUCGAUCUAACACUGUAAGCCUGCAUGUCAUGAAACCAUCGUCUGCAGUUUGCAGUUCCGCUCAAGCCGACUUGCAAUCUGUAGACCUCUAACUGUUGCCUUAUCUUUAAUGUUGACAUCUGUGUCUGAUGUAGAAUUUAACUUUGUUGUCUUCUCAGCUAAGUUUAUGUUGGAGUUAAUGGCUACACUCUUGUAAAAGCUUGGGCAUUUGUAAUUUUUCUUUGGUGUCUAAAUUGUGCAAAGGCAAUCACUCUCUAGCCACUUAUGAUUGUUUGAACAGAUUUGAAUCAUUAUUCCAUGUUUUCCAAAGGCAAAGCAUUAUGUGAUUUAAGUGAAAAGAGUUUGAUUUCUCUC